ACGUGUUCAGGUCUCCCAUUGUACCUGCUUGUGCCUUAAGUGCUUGACAGUGCUGUUCCCAUCUCCAAAGGAGCUCCUUGUUGUCUGUGUAACCUCUGUCUGGAUUAAGUGGCAAAAGGCAAAUCCUCAUCUUAUGGGAAGAGCAUAAUUGACCUCUGCCUCCUCAGAGCUGCACUCUCCCUGGGGAGGAAGGGCUGGCUCAGCUGUGAACAAAGCACUGGCUGUAAUGAGUGAGACUUUUUUGCCCUAGCAGUGUGGGGUUGGGCCUGAGGUCAGAUCUAUGCUGCAGUGAGAAGGAAGAGACAGAAGACCCAGUGACCUGGAAGUUUAGAAGUAGCCAGCUCAACUUACUGAGAAAUGUGGAGCUGCAUGAGCCCCUCCAUCAGCAGAAAUACACUGUCUGGGCAGGUGGUCCUACUGGUUCUCCAAGUCCCAUGGAAGACAUCAUUGGCAGUAAACUGUGCCCGUGUACGGGCUCAAGACAAUGGUACAUGUGCUCAGCGAUAUCUGUGCAGAGCUCAGCCGCAGGGGAAAUGAAGAGGUCUCCCCUUCAGGGACAGGCAGUCCAGGAGAAGGAAGCAGAGCAGUGAGUGCUGCAGGAUGAGAGCAUUGCCUUACCUGCAGGUGGACCAGCAGAUGGAAGGUCGUGGGCUCCUUGGAAGCACUGUUCCUGGGGUGGUCCCAGCCGCCAAGAAGGCAAGCUUUCUGCUGAGAAUAGCGGCCUGCGGACCUGAUCUCAGGAUGUCAGUGUGUGACAACCUGCCCCUGGAAAAUCUUCCUCACACUCUUUCUUUCCAUUUCUCUUUUCCUGAGAGGCACCGAGUGUGUGCUCUGCUUGAAGCCUCAUGGGGUGGACACCCUGAGCAGCCUCGCUCCUUUGAGGAAGGCAUGAUGGAAUGGGCUUCUGGCCAGGGCUGUCCAGUCUGUAGGGUCUUCUCCCUGCCACAUGCAGCUCCAGCCACAGCUAUGAGGAGACAGAGAAGCCAGCCUCAGCUUCCUGGGGUGAGGGGAGGCCGCAGUCAGAUCAAUGAAAACAGGACUUCAUUAAUUAUAGAUGGACAGGUUCCUCUGAGCUACGCUAGCUCUGCAUGAGUCACAUUCUAGCUGAGUUUUCUCUCUGUACUUUUUUUUCUUCUUUCUCUUGAAGAGUUGUUGAAGGGUUGAAAUACUGUGAUGGAUAAAUAAGGAGCCAGCUGUGCUCGGCAGCCAGCUCCACCAGAGCCUUUCUGUAGCAGUAGCCCACAGCAAUCUCCUCUCUGCCUCACUCUUCACUCGUAUCCCCUGGGUUCUGCCAUCUGUUCCUGCUCUCCAAAUUUCUUCUCCCUCACAGUGGCAUGUUUUGCUCUCAUGCUGUAAGCUCCUUUCCAGCAUGUGGUCUCAGCCCUCAGUAAUACAUGGACACAUGUUCAUAUAACAGUAUCACCAAAGUGCCCAGUGGUGGGACACCCACUUGGUUCUGCUGCGCCUCUCUCCUUCAUCUUGGAGAUGGUUAGACAAAAGGAGAAACAAACCCAGAAAACCUUGGCUUUCUGUUAGGGGCUGCCAGACAGUUUUUGUUCUGAUUUCUGACAAUGUGCUGGCCUUCUCCUCACAAGAGAAGGCUGGGAUGCGUCCUGGGGCUCCGAGGGAUGGACACAUCAAGAGCAGAUGAAGGUGGCUGGAGGGGCCAGCAUGAGUGUCUGGACAGAGCUGUUCCCAAAACCUGCCUUGCAGCUUGUCAGUCCUUUGGGAACAUCUUCCUUGGGCAUCCUGUCAGCGUAAGCACUGAACUCUGUGUCUCCCAUGGGAAAGUCAAGGCUUGGAGUGGUGUUUCUGGAGUCUUUGCUGGCCAUGCUUUCAGGUCCAGAAACUGCUUUUCUUGCUUCCUCAAUGUCCUUGGUUCUAGAAGUGCCCUCAGAGAUGAAUUGCUGCCUGGAAGCUGUUUCUCCAUCCAGCUCUCCGGGCUACUGUGCCUUUGUUCCUUGAGGUGGCUCUUUUCAGAAGCUGUGACUUGUGCCUCCAAAAGACUGGCUGUGCACCCUGAUCUGUGAACCUGGGGGACUGCCUGGCCUUCUCCUGCACCUCAGCCUUCAGCCAGGGAAAUGCUCCUUCUUAGCCCAUGAGCUUCAGGCAGCUCCUGAAUCCAUGGAAUGUGUCCCAUCUGCAGCGCGUUAGGGGUCCACUCGCAGCAGAGGAAGAAGCACAUGUGGGUUGUGAACCCUUCAGAAGAGGAAGAAAACAAGCUAAUUUAUCUAAGGGAUGUGGUGCCAGGAGCUACAUCUGCGGGCCAACUGGUGUGGAAGCAUGGUUCCCGGGUGCUACCCAGCCAAGGGGGUGUUGCAGAGGUGAUGGGGACAUGAAGGGUAGAAGAAUGAGAAUGCAAGGGGUCCAGGCACAGUGGGACCCCUGCUCCGUAUUCUUUGAGAGGGCUGAAGGAGAACUGAAUCUCAGCCAUCCCUCCAGGGUACAGACACCUUUUCUCACUCAGCCUCUUUCACCAGGCACUGUGACUUUGAUUUUCAGCUGCCCAAGCACUCCUGUUUCUCCACCAUAGCGGUGGUGGGAAGGACGGGCUAUUCUGGUAGCAUGGUACAUCCUUGCUCCUCUUCUCUCCAGGUUCCAGUGAGCCUCUUCCUUUCUGCUCUAGCUGCAAAAGCUGCCUCAUUCACCUUGUUAUGCUGCUAGCCAUGGAAAGUGUGAACUUAGGGAGGUGCCACAACUCCAUCUGAACUUGGCCUUUCCUUUGGUGCUGUCUCAGUCACCCCAGAGCUGGUGCAGGGAAGUACAAGGAUGUGGAUGCGGUGCUUCUGCUUUGCCCACCUGCAGCUCGCCCUCCUGCAAAAUGCUCUCUGCUGUUGAACUCCACUCACCACCCUCCCCUGCUGCUAAUCUCUCUUCCCAGGCAUGGGUUUGAUCUCGGCGGCGAGCCGCUCGAUCGGCCGCUCUCUGUCUGCGUGAGUUCCUGAGAAAUGAGGUAUUUCAUGUUUGUCUGCUGAGCCCCCGCUGAGCAGCGUGCUGCAGCCCAACUUGCAGCUCUCCACGCUCCCUGUGCUUCCCAAUUUCCGACUUAUUUUCAGGGAGAGCUAAAUACAAGGCAAUCCUGUACCUGUGCAUUGCCCCUGGCUCACCUGCAUCGGGGCUGCCCUUGCUCCCUGUCUGAUUGGCACACGUGCUGCUGGGAACAAACAGCUCUGGAACACCCUUGGAGGAGUGCCUGCUUGCAUGGGGAGAUUGGGUAGGGCUCAGCAUCCAGCUCCUGGGGUGGCUGUGAGUGUGACACCAGGCUGAUUUGAGACGGGAUGCCAAGCCCCUGUGCUGGCUCUGUGUGGGGUACUAGAUGGCCGGUGAGGCUGUGCUUGGUUUGUAAACCUCAUUCCUCAGCUGUCAGAGCCCAGGACUGCAUCUUCCAGGGGUGACCCAGUACCUCUGGGGGGGGGGGAUCCCACUGGUGCUCCAACUGAGUCCUCUGCAGGGCUUCCCACAGGGCUUCCAGCACUGCCAGGGUGCUUUGAGAAGCUUUGUUUAUGGCUUUGUUUAUGGUAUUGAUAAUUUUCUUGUGUCAGGUUUAGGCACAAACAUUCUUUCCACUGCUGCAUAAGAAAGUAAUUAGGUGAGGAUGGAAAGGACAUUCCUCUUCCUCAGAACAAAGAGCUGAGCCUCAGCUCUUAUCUGGCACUGCUUGCAGCUUUCAGUAGCUACGCCAGAUUCUGCCCAAGCAGAUGGAGAGGUGAUGUCAUCCAGGAAAUGCCAAGGCACCUACUGUCCCUCGCUCUGAUGCCACUGCCCCACACAGACAGCUGCCAGUCCUGAGGUCAAAGUCUGAACCUGCUCAGCCUUGCUGUGGGUACCUGCAAUGGGAAAGGCUGGAGGGAUGCAGAGGGCAGUCAGCAGGCCCUGUGAGGGCCUGGAGGAGUGGUGAGCAUGGGAGUUCUUCUCAGUGCAUUUAAAGCAGCCACUUGGAGCCACGUUUCCACCUCCAUGUGCCCACACGGAGGAAAAUGGGAGGGCUUGACGUCUAUUGAUGGAUGCGACUCCUGGGAGGUGUCUCUUAGCCGAGGGACCUGGAGCUUUCAGGCCGAAUGUCUGUGGGAGACAGUGCUGCUCGGGUUGGGCUGUGGCUCCUGGCACAAACCACUGCAUCAAACCUGUUUGUGACCCACCGUGCCAGAACAAAGGCUCCUGCAGCCGGCCCCAUGUCUGUACCUGUCGCUCGGGCUUCCAGGGCUCCAGGUGCGAAGAAGUCGUCCCUGAGCAAGAGUACCACCCGCCCAGCAUCGCCCUGCAGCCCCCUGCGGGCUUCCUGCGGAGGAGGACUGGCACAGCUGAACGGGAUGCCUCCCCACGAGAGGCUCAAGCAUCUGUCCCACGGCAUGCACCCACCAGGACUCAGAGCAGAAUUGGCUCUCCUGUUUCAGCCCAGCACACAGUGCCAUCACGGACUGUCCGGCGUUACCCUGCCAGCAAUAGCCAGCUCACGUCUAACACACUGCCCAACGGGCAUGGGCACGAGCAGGGCAGCUCUGGGCCAAAUGCAGCUUUCCAGGAGCACACAGUGGCUGCAAGGGGGGCAAAUCUGACAGAGAAGAUUAGGAAAAUAAAAAUCAUCUUCACACCCACCAUCUGCAAACAGACGUGCCAGAAUGGACGUUGCUACAACAGCUGUGAGAAGGGAGACACCACCACUCUCUACAGCCAAGGGGGGCAUGACCACGACCCCAAGUCUGGCUUCCGCAUCUACUUCUGCCAGAUCCCCUGCCUGAAUGGAGGACGCUGUGUUGGCCGUGAUGAGUGCUGGUGCCCUUCCAACUCCACGGGGAAGUUUUGCCACUUGCCGGCCCCCUCUCCAGAAAAGAAGCAAGGAGGGAAGGCACCAAACACCAUGGCCAGUGGCUCUAUGAAGCACUCCACGUACACCCUGCCCUUGUCCAACCAGCUGGCUUCCCUGAACCCUUCCCUGGUGAACGUCCACAUCAACCACCCUCCAGAAGCCACCGUACAGAUUCACCAGGUGGCCAGGGUGAGAGGUGACUCAGAGGUGUCAGAGGAGAACAGCGUGGAGGCAGUGCUGGUGCCUCAGAUGGCCACGGUCCCCUGGUACACCUACAGUAAUGGGAACGGCAACAGCAUCGCCACUGAGGGAGGCCAACAGCAGAGAUCCCCAGGGUUACUGGGGAGGUGCUUUCGGGAAGCUCUCCAUGGGCAGUGCACCAACCCGCUUCCAGGGCUCACCCUGCUGGAGGACUGCUGUGGCAGUGUGGGACUCUUCUGGGGGGUGGACAGGUGCCUGGCCUGUCCCCCUCGGCCAGCGCACCCCGUCGUUGAGAAUGGACAGGUGGAGUGUCCCCAGGGAUACAAGAGGCUGAAUAGGAGCCACUGCCAAGAUAUCAACGAAUGCUUGAUGCAGGGCUUGUGCAAAGAUGCCAAGUGUUUGAAUACCCGUGGCAGCUUCCGCUGUACUUGCAGACCUGGCACCAUGUUGGACCCCUCCCGCAGCCACUGCAUCUCUGACAAAGCAGUGUCGAUGGAGCAGGGGCUUUGUUACCGCUCAGCAGCUGGAGGUGUGUGCUCCUUCCCCCUCUCCCACCGAAUCACUCAGCAGAUCUGCUGCUGCAGCCGCGUCGGAAAGGGCUGGGGCAAGAACUGCGAGGAAUGCCCUGUGCCCGGCUCAGAAGCAUUCAAGGAAAUCUGCCCAGCAGGACACGGCUAUACCUAUUCCAGCUCUGACAUCCGCCUUUCCAUGAGAAAGGCAGAGGCAGAAGAGCUGCCCCUAAGCCUGGAAGAGCACAGUGAGAGCAGCAACUGGACAUUAGACUGGGCAACAAGGAGACAGCAGCUGCAGGACAGUUUGCAUGGGAGUGUCCUGGAGGCGUUGCCCCACCCUGACAUCUCAGCAGGAGAGGGUGAAGUUUUUCCUGCUGGGCAGGAUGCUGCUGAUACCACCCCAGAGCCUGAGGCGCGCAGAGCAGUGGAAGAAGAGUCCCGGCAUGCUCCUCCCCAGCCUGGCCCUACUACCAUCUGGGCUGAUGCUGCUCCAACACAGAUACCUGCGCAGGGCUCAGGGGCCAGCGGCUGUGCCUCUUCAUCCCUUGCCUGUGGAGCUGGUGUGUGUGUGCUCACCCCGGAUGGAUACAGCUGCUCAUGCCACCCAGGCUAUACGCUGCACCCCAGUCGUCUGCACUGCAUUGAUGAAGAUGAGUGUCUGCAAGAUCCUUGCGCUGGAAAAGGUCACUGUGUCAACAGCAUGGGCUCCUAUUCAUGCCUCUGCUAUUCUGGGUACGCUCUGGUUUUCUUGGAGAGCAAGCAGAGUUGUCAGGAUCGGGAUGAAUGUGAGCAGCCCUCUACCUGCCCAGGACAGCAAUGUGUCAACACCCCUGGUUCCUACCGUUGUGAGUGCAAGGAGGGCUUCGCCAUGGGCCUCCGAGGACAAUGUGAAGAUAUCAAUGAGUGCAUGGAUCCCAGCCUUUGUCCCCAUGGGAAGUGUGUUAAUACUCCAGGCUCCUACAGGUGUGUCAGCUGUGCAGAUGGCUAUCAGCCCAGGAAUGGAAGAUGCAUUGAUGUGGACGAGUGCCUGGUGGAGAGAACCUGUGCCCAUGGACAAUGUAUCAACUUGGAUGGCUCCUUCCGAUGUUCCUGCUACCGGGGCUAUGAGGUGGCACCUGAUGGGAAGAGUUGUGAAGAUAUUGAUGAGUGCGCAGCCCAGGCUGCCUGUCCCUCCAGACUCUGCCUCAACACCGAGGGCUCCUACUCCUGCAUGGCUUGUGAUGCUGGCUACACCGUUUCUAGAGAUGGCAGCACAUGUGAAGAUGUGGAUGAAUGUGCAGACCUUGCUAUUCAGUGCCUGGGGGGAGAGUGCCGGAACAUGCUGGGCUCCUACGAGUGCCGGUGCCAGGCUGGCUUCGAGCUCGUCAAUGGCACCGCGUGCCAAGAUGUGAAUGAGUGCCUAAACAGUGAGAUCUGCAGCCCCAAUGGCGAGUGUCUCAACAGCCAUGGAUCCUACUUCUGCAUCUGUGCACCUGGCUUCUCCAGUUCAGCUGGAGGAGUCAACUGCCAAGAUGUGGAUGAAUGCACAGAGAAAUCCCGGUGCUCACAAGGCCAGUGCCUGAACACAGAAGGCUCCUACAGGUGUCUGUGUGAAAAUGGGUUCAAACACUCCCAGGAGACCGAUGACUGUGUAGAUGUGGAUGAAUGUAAGGAAUAUGGGGAUGCCAUCUGUGGCACAUGGAGGUGCCAGAACAGCCUGGGCUCCUACCGUUGUAUCAUGGGUUGCCAGCCUGGCUUCCACUGGACACCCCUGGGUGACUGCAUUGACAUAGAUGAGUGCGCCAAUGAGACGCUGUGCGGGAGCCAUGGCUUCUGUGAGAACUCGGAUGGUUCCUUCCGCUGCCUCUGUGACCGUGGCUAUGAGAGCUCACCUUCUGGCCACUAUUGUGUUGAUGUGAACGAGUGUGAGCUGAUGGUGGCCGUGUGUGGGACCGCACUCUGUGAAAAUGUGGAGGGAUCGUUCCUGUGCCUGUGCCCCAGCGACCAUGAGGAAUACGACACAGAGGCAGGGCAGUGCCGGCCACGGGCAGCCGUGGAGGGCCCUGAAGGACACACAGACCAACCCUCUGACAGCAUGGAGCGCAAGCAGUGUUACUACCACAUCAGUGACGUUCGCCUGUGUGACAGUGUCCUGGCCAAGAACGUGACAAAGCAGGAGUGUUGCUGCACCGUGGGGGCAGCCUGGGGUGACAACUGUGAGACCUUCCCCUGCCCCAUCUUGGGUACAGUGGAGUAUCAAGAGAUCUGCCCUCUUGGGAAGGGCUAUGUUCCUCAAGAAGAUCCACUCUCAGGAAAAGUCUCCUUCACAGACAUGGAUGAGUGCGAGACCUUCGGCUCUGAGUUCUGCCGCAAUGGACAGUGUCUGAACACGGUGCCAGGCUACAAGUGCUUCUGCCGUACAGGCUACUUCUAUGAUGCUGGCAGGCUUGAAUGCAUAGAUCAGGAUGAGUGCCAGAACGAGGUGUACUGCAUCAAUGGCGAGUGUCUGAACACGGUCGGCUCCUACCACUGCUUUUGCAGCCUCCCACUUGUGUUGGAUGCCACUGGCAACCGCUGUGUGAACUUCUCUGGCAGGGCAGAUGCCCUAGAGGAGUAUGAGAUCCACCUGGACGUCUGCUGGCAAACUGUCUCUGACUACAUCUGCCAAGACCUGCUGCAUGGCGAGCAGACAACCUACACUGAAUGCUGCUGCCGCCUUGGUGAAGCCUGGGGCCAAAACUGUGCGCUCUGUCCACACAGGUCCUCUGCUGAUUUUGCUUUCCUCUGUAAUGGAGCCAGUGAAGACAGUGACAGAGGGUCUGAAGUCCGAGAAAGACCUAGGUAUGAGUAUGGACCAGGCUUGGAAGAUCCCCACUACGGCCUUCCCAACCCAGACAUGGGCCCCUACUACAACUACCUGGAGUCAGAGUAUGGAAACCCUGAUGCGGCUUUCCCUCGGAGAGAACUGAGCAGCGAGUUUCGCGGCAGCCCUUUCCACCAUGGCCCAGGGCGGCCCCCACCCCGCUACCUGCCCAGCCAACCUGGUCUUUAUGAGGGCUUUGAGGGGCUGCAGGCUGAGGAGUGUGGCAUCCUCAAUGGCUGUGAGAACGGACGUUGCGUGCGCGUCCCAGAGGGCUACACCUGUGACUGCUUCGAUGGCUACCAGCUGGACAUGACCCUCAUGGCCUGUGUGGACAUCAAUGAGUGUGAGGAUGUGGAUGUCCCAGUGCCCCUAUGCCAGGGCGGCACCUGUGAGAACACAGAAGGCUCCUACCGCUGCCGCUGCUUGCCAGGCUAUGUGGCACUGGCCCAGCCCCACCACUGUGUGCCUCAGACAGCCCAGAGCCCGGCAGCAGCAUAGCUCUAAGGGAGUGGCAGUGGGGGGUACCCCCCUCUGGUGGCACGCUUCUCCGGGACCUGGUGGUGUGGAAAAGGGUCCCCGGGGCUGUGGCUGCUUCUAUACCCUUUGUCCCUUCACCUCCAAAGCGCACAACUCCCCUGCCACCUUUUCCUGGCUGUGAGUGCCAGGGCUGAGCUCCCAGCCUCUGUACCCCCAUCCUCACCUCCAGCUCCUGCUUCUGCCACAGCAGAGCCCUCCCCAGCCCGGCCCCCAGCACCUGCCGCAGUGCCACAUACCACGGGGGCUCGCAGGACACUUUCUCUUGCCGUGCAGCCCCAGCUCCUCCCCGCACCCUGCAGAGAGACUGGGUUCACCUCCCCAAGACGAGCAUCACUGCUGCACUGACCUAGCGGCGAGCCUCGCUGCACCAUGCAGCCUGCCCCAGGACACAGCCCUGGGGGAGCAACCCCGGCUCCCUAAAGCUGCUGCCCAACCUCAAGGUGUGGUGGAGAGGAUGGGGGUCCCACAGCCGGCUCACCCUGCAGCCGUCCCAGGCGCCUCCCUACCCCUGCGCUGUGCCUUUGUGCCCCGCGCUGGCUGGGGGGAGUGGGCAGGGUUCCAGCUUAGUUUCUGUAAAGUUGGUGACUUUUUUUUAACCGAGUCUGCUGGAAACUUCUCUCAUGUUGUUAAAUAAAACAUUUAUUUUGGGCCCUGUGGCUCAUGACACUGGGGCUGGGUCAGAAUUGUGCUUGUCUUCCCUCUGCCAAGGGAUACCACCAGCCUCCCCACUCCUGGGACAGAGGAAAACCAUGCCAGGCCAAAUACCCACUUACCUGCCCUAACUGGAGCCAACUCCUGCCCCUGGGGGCUACACAGCACAUAUGGCUGCUAACACCCUGCUUCCUUCACACACCCUUUGCUUGCAGUUCAACAAUCCUUGUGGCUGGCUGGAACCCCUGAACAGGUCCAGGAGUUGCUUUUCCUACCCCAGAGCCCCUGCUGGGAAUGCUUUUGCCUCACACUGCAGCAAGCAAAGAUGUGUUCUGCACAGCCAUCUCUGUAAGGUGUACUGCUCCAGAACAGUGCAGGACCAGCAGAGCUGAUGCAGAGCCUGAUGCUGCCAGGUAGACACCCCAGCAUUCAGCAGCAAAGAUGCAUGGUUGCUCACAACUCACCUACACUGAGACCAGCAA